UUCCUCCUCUUUCUCCUUCCGCACGUAGCCUGGUGGAUUUCACACACACACACACACACACACCCUCCUCCCGGAUCCACCCUCCCAUCCAGGAGACUCCAUCCACCGCUGCUCACUGCAUCGCCAGGAUUCACCAACAAGCUUUCAAUGCAGCAUUUACUACUAGAUUUGUUUAUUUUUCUGUUCGUUCAGCAUAAUGUUUGACUGCGUGUGAUUUUUACUUAUUUUAUUUUUGGGGGGAGAAUUUCGCUCCCCACGAUGCCAAAUCCAGUGACAACGCGGCUGUAACGACAAGGCGUUGCAAUAAGACGGUUUAACUACAGACAGCACAAACAGGAUUGGACCGGAACCAGAGGCUUAACUUUGGUGUCGUCAUGGCCGUUAACAUGAAUCCAUCUCCUGCCGUUUGGCCGGGGGAAGAACAGCCGUCGCUCAUGGAUCACGACGACCCCGUUUCCAGUCAGGCCGCCGUCAUCCCCAUGCCGUGCGGCUCGCCGGGGGGCGAAGAGCUCCUGAGCAGCUGCAGCAGCCUGGCCGACUCCAGGCCGCCCCGCAGCAAGUCCAAAGGAGAACUGGUGAUCGUCAUCAACGAGAAACUGAAGAACGGUAACGGGAUCCACCCCGGCCCCGCAGAGAGCACCUCUCCAGUGAUUUCCUCCCCUCCCAGAAGGCAGCACUCCAUCUCCUACCCUCACCACGCCAAAACCAGGAAGGGCAGCCGGGCAGGCUCCAUCGGCUACACCGCCUUCUCGCCCCGGCCGUCGCUGUCUCGGCACUCCAGCAUCGCCACUAACCCUCCUCUGGACCGAACCAAGGUCAAAGACUACCUCCUGCUGUCCGUGCUGGCCUGCUUCUGCCCCGUCUGGCCCAUCAACAUCGUCGGCUUCGUCUACUCCAUCAUGUCGAAGAACAGCCUGGAGCAGGGGAACCUGGACGGCGCCGUGCGUCUGGGUCGCGUGGCCAAGAUGCUCUCCAUGGUGUCUCUAGUAGGAGGGUCGGUCAUUAUCAUCGCCUGCAUUGUCAACCUGGCCAUAAAUGUGAAAACCUGAGUUUCAUCCCAGGAUGAAACCGGAUAAGGGAAGUGAUCGUCUGGCCCUCACCUGCACCAUCGCCUAGUUAUUACCCGGAUGUGUGACAAACUCCUGAUUCACAGCGCUUUACUUAGAUUCCUGUAAUCUCUAUUCAGCCCCCUUAAUUGUUGUGGAAGAAAUGAGAAUAAUCCGAAAUGCUGCUGCUUUCCGUGUCGAGUCGGAGGACAGAAAAAGAUUUUUAAGCUCUACCUGCAACUAAUAACAGGGAAGUGUUUACUGGCUCUACAGCGUCAAUCGCGACAAAAUGGCUGCCAAGUCCGCCCUCCUCUGCACCGGUUUGCCUGUUAAAUCCCCUCAAACACGGAAGAAGCUGCAGGAUUUACAAUGCAGUGGAAGAAACACUUUGAACCACACUGCGUCCUUUUUGUUUCAGACUGUCCUCCGUGACUUUCAGCACGUCAAAACGCCCCACAUCUUGUGUUUGAGCCCCAGCAUUUUCAGUGGUAAAAGCGGAUGAAAGAGAGAAGGGAGGGGUUUAACGCGGACUAGGAUUACGGAAAAUCUUGCACAGAAGGCACGCUGCAAGGAAAAUACGUGCCAAAAAAAAGAAAAAGAAAUUCAGUGGGGAAGCUGCUUGCUUUCUCUCCUGACAGGAACAUGAAAUGUGUUUUUACUCUUCCGCUACGUCACUCUACGCCACUGUGAGCUGGGAGCGAAACACUGCUGUAGCAAAAUCCAGUCCGGUUCAACUGCAUCGUCUAUCAACUCACCUUUUUUAUAAAGUUUGUAAACAAUCCUUUUCAGACAGAAUCGUGAACCCGUUAAUGAACACUGAACUGUGUUUCAGGAGCUGCUUUUCCGUUACAAAUGUCCAUCCAUAAAGCUUUAUCAAUAUUCUGUGAAUGUAAAAAGAAAAGAAAAAAAAACACAAUUUCGCAAUUGUGGUGUUUCUAUUAAAUAAGAAACGUAAUUUAAAUCACGUCAUGCAUAAGUUAAAAAAAAACAAAAAAAAAACAUGCUGCAAUACCAUCCUCCCACCGCUUCCUGUCGUAUUCUUCUUCGUGGUUUGCGCCACCGUCAACAUCCGGUUGUUGAUCAUGUGACACGUGUGACGAAAAAAAGUGUUUCCAUUUCAGUUUUUUGAAAUAAACUCAUUUUGAUGCGGACAAAAAACAAAAACAAACAAAAAACAACACCUUUUUAUUGAAAAGUGAGUUGUUUUUUUUAUGAACAUGUUUCCAGUAAGGAGAUUUAUUUUUGAAAUGUGAACUCAUGUUAUUGAUAAAACGUUUUGAUGCUAUUAUAUUUUUAAUUAAAAUUGGUUUAAUUCACAAAACUGCAACGAAAACACUUUUUUCCGCGUCACGCAAGUCACAUGACCAACAACCGGAUGUCGCCGUUGCUGCCAACCAGAAAGUGAAUUAACAGAAGCAGGAAGUGGUAGGAAGAGUGGGGCGCUGCAUGUUUUUAAAUGACUUGGCGUGAAUAAUAUUUAUUCACAUGUUAUUUUAAUUGCGUUUUUUAUUUAAUGGAAACACCACAAUUGCAAAAUUUAGUUAUUUUCCAACGUUAGCGGAAUAUGGACAAAGUUUUGCGCGUAUUCGUAAUGGAAAUGCAGCUACUAUUUGGUUAACAAUCUGAUCGCUUGUUAUUUGCUGCAAAAACACAAAAUAUUACCACGUAUUUUCAGUCUAGUUUACAGUGCAAACAUUUGAAAUUAGAUAUAACUGACUUACAGGUAACUUUUCAGCAAGAUACAUGAGCUGUUUUUAAGUGAAUAAUUUGGUAAUCCUGAUGAAAAAGCAUUAGCUCCACUGGCAGAAUAUUUCACUAUAACUUGGGAAAAAUGUUUUGGUAUGACUGAAAUAAUCUACCAGUGGAAGUAGUAAUUUUUAAAAUCAAUAUUAAGGAAUUAUUGACUUAAAACAAGCUCCUAUAUCUUGCUGAAAUGUUACUUGUGAGUUAGUUUUGUUUUAUUUCAAGUAUACUAAGUCUUUGCACUAGAAACUAUGCAGAAAAUACUCUGUAAGAUUGAGUAUUUUUGCAGUUUUGUCGCCAGAGAUGCAGCUGUAACCUCAGUUUCUAUCCACAGGUGCUUUAAAACCAGACCUAUUGUAGCGUUUUCGUCCUUUGAUAAACUCCCUUACGGCUGAUUUUCUUUUUUUAUUAUUACCCUGGAUGUGUUGCUUUUAUGUGUAUAGCCCCCCUUUUAAAGGCUGAUUUGUAAAAUGUUUGUUCAGAAAUGUUUCUGUGGGUGGGAACUUUAGCUGUAGAACCUUUUUUGUCAUAUUGUAUGUUUUUAAUUGACCUCUAACCUUUAUCUACCUGUGAUCCCGCACUGUGAUUCCAACAACUGGGUUUUAUUAAAACCAGGCUUUUUUCUUCUUUUGCUGUGUACUAAAUUUUAUGUACUAUUAAUAUUUUCUGUCUUAUAUUGUAAAUUUAAUUGUAAUCAACUCUAUGUAUUCUGCAGAUAUAAAUCUAAAUAGUGUGAUAUUUCUCUAGUUAAAUGAGUUAGCAUUGUGUAGCCAGCCUGCUGGAAGUCAUUGUCUUCCCAGCAGGCUUCUAUAAUCUUUGUGGCUAUUAGCAUGUUAUGGAUUUUUAUUCAUGUAUGAUGAUGGUAACCUACAAAGAAAAGCUGGCACCUGGAAUAUUAUACUUCUGCAACACGUUCAUAAUAAAGACACAAUGCAUGUGACGCUUUUUCAGUGUUGUUUUGACAAGAUAAAGAGCAGCAACAGCGCAGAUGGAAGAGAUUUUUGCUUUGAGCUUUGGGGAUUUCAUCAUUUUGUGCUCCACCUGUGUCCCUUACACACAUAAAAUGAUGCUCGUUUAAAGAUUGCCAUAGGAAUAUUAUUUAUUCCAUCUUCUUUUAAAAAUGAAAUUAAUAUGUUUAAUCCUUAUAUGUAUAUUUUCAAAACUUUUAACUCGUUAGUUGUUCCCUGGCUAGUUUUAAUAGCGGUGCCUUAUUAAGAAUUAUAUAUAUUAAACUUGUACACAUCACAGAACUUUAUAAUUUAGUCCUACAUUUUAGGAUGUACAAUCUGCAUCCCAUGUGAUUUGGCUCAAAAAAAUGUACUAUAAAGUCUGAAUUUUCAAACAUUUGAGCAUUUUUUACAUUAAUAACAUUGUAACCAUAUUGAGUUUUUUUAAGGUGCAAUGUUUGUACAACAUGCAUUGAAUAGAAAAACACCAAAGAUCUUUGGGAAUCUGGUUACUGCUCCUGUAAACAAUUUAUAAAGUCUGGCCCAGAUAAUUUUUAAAAUUUAUCUUUUGAUAUUACUUUUUGUUUUACGACAGAGUGUUAGAGGCCAUCCUAAUAAAAAUAAAAUUGCAAGGAGAAACACGUACCAUGGUAAUAUUACGAAUUAUUUCCACUUCACUGCUGGAAUAUUGUGAUUUUUAUUCUGGUAUUUCGACUUUAUUCUUGUAAUUUUAUUUUUCUUUGGCAGUGAAUUAAAUUUGAAAGUCUGUGUUUCCACUGACUUUGAA